UCCAAAGCUUGGCAACCCCGGAUAGUUUGACAGAUGACAUAUGUCAAAUUUGACUUAAGACAACGUCACGCCACGUGACAUAAACAUAAACAAGACUCCAAAUAUAUUUAUAUAUUGGGUGAGCAAAAUGUCGUCUUCAAGGGUCCAAAAUGAGUUUCCUCUGGGAGCAUUAAAGGUUCAGGGCCCCUCUUACUUAAAGGCAGCACUCACUAGCUGCACAGAUCCCCUUAAGGCUAUUGAAGAGUUUCAGGUUGCGAAUGGAAUACUUCUUCCAUCGCUAAGACCAAUGCUUCCACUGCUAGACCUGCAUGGGGUCAGGAGGCUGGAUUUCCACAUGUCAGUAGUGGAAGCUUUAAGGGAAAAGCUGAUAACACAUAUAAACGAGAUAGGCAAGCAAGAGGGCAAAGAGAGAGAUCAAAAACUAAAGGAGUUGUUACAAAAAAGCUUUCCAGUGAUCAAGGUGAAAGCUAUGAGGCCUAUUGUUAUGGGAAUAUUGAAAAACAUACCGCAAAUCGAAGAUCACUACUUAAAAGUACUUGUAAGAGAUAGGGAGUUGUAUAAUGAUACUGACACAGAAGUAAAAAGGCAAAUUUGGAAAGACAACCAGUCACUAUUCGGUGACGAAGUGUCCCCACUAUUAAGCCAGUACAUUACAGAAAAAGAAAACGUCUUAUUUGACCAUCACAACUUAAACACACAGUUCUUCGGACCAUCUCCCAAAGUGCGUCGACAGGGGGAGGUUGUGCAAAAGUUGGCCCACAUGAUUGGCAACAGUGUAAAACUCUACGAUAUGGUGCUUCAGUUCUUAAGAACCCUCUUUCUCAGGACUAGAAUUGUGCAUUAUUGCACCCUUAGGGCGGAACUGCUUAUGGCCCUACACGACUUAGAGGUACAAGAUAUAAUAUCAAUUGAUCCUUGUCAUAAAUUCACAUGGUGCUUGGACGCGUGCAUAAGGGAGAAAAAUGUGGAUAUCAAGAGGUCACGAGAACUCCAAGGGUUCCUAGACAAUGUCAAAAGGGGACAGGAACAAGUACUGGGCGACUUGUCCAUGACCUUAUGUGACCCAUAUGCCAUAAACUUUUUGGCUUUGUCAGCCAUCAAGAUCUUGCAGCAUCUGAUUCAUAAUGAAAGUUUACCAAGAGAAAAUACCAUUUUAAUAUUAUUAUUGAGGAUGCUUGCGCUGGGCUUGAGUGCUUGGGUGAUGAUUGACUCGCAAGACUUCAAGGAGCCAAAGCUGGAUAGCCAAGUUGUCACUAAGUUUUUACCCGCUUUGAUGAGCUUAAUGGUUGAUGACCAGGUAAGACAAUUAUCAGCUAAACUACCCCCAGACGAAAGGGAAGCGGCUAUAACAGUGAUAGAACACGCGGGCCCUCUACCGGACGCGGUGGAGGCCUACAUCCAAGACAGCAGUGUGGCCAGCAUUCUGGCCAUGUACUACACCUUGCACGUGGCCAAAAACAAGGACAGAGUGGCCCUGCUUAGGAUCCUUACCGUUUUAGCCAAUUGCAAGGACGAUCGGGCCUCUGAGGAUCCUUUCUUGCAUUCGUUUGUCCAUUUAUUAAUCAGCACCCCCGAAGAAUUCCAAGCGGAAGACUUCUGUACCGCCUUAUUCGACGAGUUCUUUUCGGCCGGGUUACAACGUGAUAACGUCACCAGACACCUCUUGAAACUGUUGUGGUACGUUCACCAUAAACUACCGGCGAGCCGUUUACAUACGUUGCUAAAAACGGUGGCCCCAACGCAUCAGCAUAGCGAAAAAGUGCAUAAUUUGUACAAACUGCUGCAGGAAAAGAUUCACUCGCAAGAGGAGACCAUUGCCCCGGUAGAAAUGGAAAUCGACAUAAAUUCGCCGCUUAUGAGUGUGCCCACGCCGGCACCGUAUCAUCAUAUUAUUUAAGUGAGGCAUUGAUUGAUUGGAGUUUUAUUGUAUAACUUUUUGUGUCUGUUAGUCUGUUAUAUAUUUUGUAAUAAAUUGUGAAAAACAUUGAAGCUUUGACUCUAUUUAUUUCAUUGUAAGUUGUUCCAAUAAAAAAGUAUGGAGAAAGUAA